AUGCCGCGCCGUGCACCCACCUCCGCAGCGCUGCUGUUGCUGCCCCCGCUGUUGGCACUGCUGCUGGGGACUGCCUCCUCGGUUCCCCUGGCGCCCAGACCCUCCAAGGAGGAGCUAACCCGUUGUCUAGCAGAGGUGGUCAUGGAGGUGCUGACACUGGGCCAGGCCCAGAGAGGCCUCUGCACAGCUCUGCUCCACAAAGAGAUAUUCGAGACAGAGCCCCAUGGCUGUGUGUACCUUGAGGAGAAGAGGUUACUGGGUGAGGACUUCAACAAGCAGGAGACUGGAAAGAUGAGGUCCAGUCAGGAGAUAAGGGACAAGGAAGAGGAGGAAGCAGCAGAGAGGACCCACAAGUCUGAGGUGCGGGAACAGGCCAUCCAUACACAGCUCCACAGCCAGCUUCACCGGGAAGAGGAGAAAGAGGAGGAAGAAAAGAGGCAGCCACAGAAGACCUUUGAGCAUAUGUGGGAACAUCUAGAGGGUGCCAGGGCCCCCCAGAAGCGGGUGGCUGAGAAGGCCAGUGAUGAGGAGACGGCCCGGUUUCAGGCAGAGGAGAAGGGCAUGCACCUCCUGGGUAGAGGUCAUAGUCUGUGGCAGGGGAGUGAGAUGGCGGGGGGAGAAAGGCACGAAGAGUCCUCGAGCCAUCGUCACCACCUGGAGCAGCCGGGCACCAAGGCCAAGCAGGAGGAAGAGGCAGAGGAGGAGGCAGCUUCAGAGCAGGAGGAAGACGAUGUGGAACAGCUAGAGCGCAUGAAGGAGCAGCUAAAGAAGGCCACCGCCAUGCUGGGAGAGGCACUUCGGAGGGAAGGCUGA